CCCAAAACCCCACAGCACAACCCUCAAUUUCAUCGACAUCUGCAAAUGAUUCAACCACAUCCAAGUUACCUCAAUUCCAACAGGUUGCUGCUGUAGCUUUGCUGAUUUCACACUUCUUCCAUCUUGAGGGGGCACUUUUCCUUUUGGGUUACAAAAGGGAGUUAAUCAGUCACUUGGCAUACAAGAUGUUGUCACUUUUCUCCCUGUGUGCAGUCAUCAUUGCGUUAGUUUUCUUCCUUCUGUAUAACCAUACCACUGUAUCUGCUCUUACAGGUGUUGCGAUGAUUUUGAGUUUCAUUCAAACAAUCGCUGCAUUCCUCCUUUGCGGCCCGAGCCAUGAACUGAGGGACAUCAUGAUGUGGGUCCUCAGGACUCUGGCCACCUUACAGGCAACUUUCACAGUUGCAGGCAUAUUUGUAUUCCAGGCGUUUGAGUAUGGUGGUUGCACAUGUUUUCAGUAUAUGAUGGCAGUCUCUACAGUGUGGAUCUUGGUGUUCUGUGGGAUUUGUGUGAUGUUAAAUUGUAUCUACUGGAAUUCAAAUAGAAGAAGGGAAAGAGACUCAGCAACAUCAUUUUGGGCCGUAGGGAAUUUGAGUGCCAGAAUCUACACUUUGUUUCCAGUGAUCUGCCAUACCCUUAUCAAUAUCACCUUGAUCGCUGAGUUCAUUUCAACAUUUUUCUUGCUUUGUGGCAGAACCCAAAACCCAACAACAGAUCCCUCAAUUUCAUCAACGUUUGCAAAUGAUUCAACCACAUUCAAGGUACCUCAUAAAUUCCAACAGGUUGCUGCUGUAGCUUUGCCUAUUUCACACUUCCUCCAUGCUGAGGGGGCACUUUUCCUGUUGGGUUACAAAAGGGAUUUGAUAAGUCACUUGGCAUACAAGAUGUUGUCACUUUUCUCCCUGUGUGCAGUCAUCAUUGCAUUAGUUUUCUUCCUUCUGUGUAACCAUACAACUGCAUCUGCCCUUACAGGUGUUGCGAUGAUUUUGAGUCUCAUUCAAACAAUCGCUGCAUUCCUCCUUUGUGGUCCGAGCCAUGAACUGAGGGACAUCAUGAUGUGGGUCCUCAGGACUCUGGCCGCCUUACAGGCAACUUUCACAGUUGCAGGCAUAUGUGUAUUCCAGGUGUUUGAGUAUGGUGGUUGCACAUGUUUUGAGUCUAUGCUGACAAGCUCUAUGGUGUGUACCUUGGUGUUCUGUGGAUUCUGGGUGGUGUUAACACAUAUUGAAAUGACUUCCCGAAAAAGACCAAUUUGUGUUUCACACAGAUUGUGGGUGACAGAAUCUUCUAGAUGGUCCCGAUGAUCUGCAAUGUCCUGAUCAGUGUAAUCUUAAUUGCUGUGCUCAUUUCAACCAUUUUGCCAUAGUUGAGUUGAUUGUUUUAGUUAACAUGUAUUUAGACUACCAGAGCUAUGUUCUGACCUAAAUCCUCUCAAUGAUCAGAGCUUCCACAUUUCAUUGCGAGAGCAAUCACUAGAAAAUAAGACAUUACAUUUCUUUAUGCUUCCU